AGAGAUGCAGGAAUCAGUGAUAGGGAGGUUGGACAGCUCGGUCCCCCAGUGCCAGCCCAAUAGACUGAUGAGUUAUUGUCAUGUAAAAAGCGCCAGCAAUAAGACCAACCGCUUUGCUAUUGUCCAAGUGGAAAGAGCCAAGUUUAUUAUGAGGACUAUAUGCUCUAGAGACCUCAGGCAAGGCAUCUCAUAGGAGGCUUUUUCAUAAAACUAGACUCUGCUGGUAGUAAGGAGGCCACUUUCGAAGCAGGCGUUGAGCUGUGCACAUCUCCCCACCACAGGCACCUUCUCCUUAUCCAGCUUUUAUUUCAGUUUUCCACUUGGCUGAGCCAUCCAGAGCCUUUUCAAUGUAUAAAAUGGAAUAUUCUUACCUCAAUUCCUCUGCCUACGAGUCCUGUAUGGCUGGGAUGGACACUUCAAGCCUGGCUUCAGCUUAUGCUGACUUCAGUUCCUGCAGCCAAGCCAGUGGCUUUCAAUAUAACCCUAUAAGGACCACUUUUGGGGCCACGUCUGGCUGCCCAUCCCUCACUCCAGGAUCCUGCAGUCUCGGCACUCUUAGGGACCACCAGAGCAGUCCAUACGCAGCAGUUCCCUACAAACUCUUCACCGAUCACGGCGGCUUGAACGAGAAAAGGAAACAGAGGCGGAUCAGGACCACGUUCACGAGCGCGCAGCUCAAGGAGCUGGAGCGGGUGUUCGCGGAGACGCACUACCCCGACAUCUACACCCGCGAGGAGCUGGCCCUCAAGAUCGACCUCACCGAGGCCAGAGUGCAGGUCUGGUUCCAGAACCGCCGCGCCAAGUUCCGCAAGCAGGAGCGGGCGGCGGCGGCGGCGGCGGCCGCGGCCAAGAGCGGCUCGGCGGGCAAGAAGAGCGACUCGUCCCGGGACGACGAGAGCAAGGAGGCCAAGAGCACCGACCCCGACAGCACGGGCGGGCCCGGCCCCAACCCCAACCCGGCGCCCAGCUGCGGCGGCGGCGGCCCCAGCCCCGCGGGCGGGCAGGGCGCGGCGGGCCCCGGCGGGCCCGGGGGGGAGCCGGGCAAGGCGGCGGCGCCGGGCGGCCUGGCGGCGGCGGGCCCCGGCCAGGGCUGGGCCCCCGGGCCCGGGCCCAUCAGCUCCAUCCCGGAUUCCCUCGGCGGCCCGUUCGCCAGCGUGCUGUCCUCGCUGCAGAGACCCGGCGGCACCAAAGGCAGCCUCGUCAAGAGCGGCAUGUUCUGAGCCGCGCCCCGCUGCUCCCUCGGCGGCCGGGCGGAGAGCCGGGCCCCGGCCCCGGACUCGGGCUCGCCCGGCCACGGGGCAGCGCCCCCAGCGGAGCCGCCUGCCGCGCGCGCCCCGCACGGACUGAGCCGCGGCGCCCCGGCCACAGACUUCCCCGGGCCGCCGCGCCAGGGCCAGGGCCAGGGCCAGGGCCAGACUCGAGCUGCCACGUGGGCUCUUUGGGGUUUUUCAGACGCCUUUUCGCGACCCGGACUCUCCACACAAGUGUUUCUUCCCGGGGUGUCGGUGACUGCCCCGCGCGCUCCCUCCUCCCGCCGCCCUUUGUUCCCGCGCGGCGCCCGGCUCGGGCCGCACGUGUGACUGCUGAGCACCGGGGUUCAGGCACCUCCCUUAGGGUUUUUACGUUUCCUUUUCCAAGGCACAAACCUCUAGCUAUUAGUUGAAUGUCGCCAGCUCUGCUUUACCUUUUUUCUGUGUCUUUCUACCAGCUGUGUUCUGUGACUCAAUUGUAUAGUGUUCCUAUCAGUACAGACUUGUCUCCUCUAGUUGACCCUAUGAAAUAAUGUUUUCCCUCCUCGUAGUCUCUAUGGCGUGUCUUUAUGGAGAAAUAAGGUUCUCACGGGUUCAGUUCCUUUGCGUUUAGAGAGGCCAGGCUCAGACAAUAGUAUAUAUUUUUGUUAUCAGUUGCAUGUCGUCUCCUUUUCUUUCUCCCUUUUUCAUUUUCUCCUUUUUCUUUCCUUCUUCCCUUCCUGUUGGAAUAUGUUUGUGAGCAUAAUCGUCAUACAUUACGUUCAGGGUUUUCAAAUUUAUUUAUAUGUGGUUAAAAUGAAUGCUUCUAUUUAAAAGGGGAAAUAUUUCUACAUGUGCAUAUAGUUUUCCAAGAGUGUACCAUUAAUUGAUUGUUGAUAAUAAAAACAAAAAGCAAAUACA